AUGCCGGCGACUGAUACCGAAGUUUUAUCUCAGACUGCGAACGGGGAUUACACUUUCGCUAGUGUGGAUAAUUUGGAGCAUUGUACAAAGUAUUUGAAUCAGACGAUGGUUACAUUUGGAUUUCCUGCCUCGCUCGAUCUCUUUUCGAAUGAUCCGGUUUCAAUCUCAAGGACUUGCAAUUGUAUGUACACGUUGCUGCAGCAGCGACAACGUGAUAUAGAGUUUAGAGAAUCUGCUAACGAGCAGAGACAAAGACUACAAUCGGAUAUAGCUAGACUUGAAGCUAAAGUUGAGAGGCUUGAAGCGCAACUCCAACAGAAGGACAGGGAAAUUGCAACAAUUACCAGAACAGAAGCCAAAAAUUCAGCAGCUCUGAAGUCCCAGAUUGAAAAGCUACAGCAGGAGAGGGAUGAAUUUCAAAGGAUGGUGAUCGGUAACCAGCAAGUGAAAGCUCAGCAGAUACACGAAAUGAAGAAAAAGGAAAAGGAUUACAUUAAGUUGCAGGAGAAGCUGAAUCAAGUAUUAAUGGAGAAAAAGAAAGAAUCAAGAUCAGGAAUGGAGAUUAUGAAUUUGCUACAGAAAGAAGGGAGGCAGCGUGGGACUUGGAAUGGCAAGAAGACGGAUACCGAUUUCUACAAAAAGAUAGUGGAUGCAUAUGAAGCGAAGAACCAAGAGUUAAUGGCUGAGAACACUAAUCUAAGAGCUUUGCUUCGAUCCAUGCAGACAGAUAUGCGUGAUUUCUUAAAUGCUCCAAACGGGUCAACUAACCCUUCAUUGGCUGGCAGUGAGAGACGUGAGGCUGAUCCUUCACAAUCACCACUGGGUGGGAAGACGGACGUCUUUGAUCUACCUUUCCGGAUGGCUAGAGGUCAGAUAGAAGAAAGUUUGCGCACUAAGAUGGCUUCCAUAAAGGAACGCAUGGUCCAUUUACAAGAUGCACCUAAAGGAGCAUCUGUUACAUCUGAAGCAACAGAGAGAGAGCUUGAACUUGAAGCUCAGCUCGUCGAAGCAAGAAGCAUAAUCCAAGAACAGGAGUCCAUAAUGUCUAAACAUCUCCCAAAAUCAAAAUCAGAGCAGCGAAGGGAAUCUGUCGUUCCAUUAGUAGCCGAGGUAUAA